AUGCUUCGCUCAGCCUCCAAGCCCAAGCUGUCUCUCAGCAUUGCCGCUGCCCAGAACUCUCCUCGGCCGUCUUUGUCUCUCAAGUCACCCCUUCCAGCUCCCCGGACUCCAAUUUCCCCGGCGAGUCCCGUUGCAAAGAGAUUCUCUUCUUUCCAGGUCCCGAGCUACUCCUACGUCAACUCGUGCUCGUCGAAGAGUAUUCUCAAGAAGAACUCAUCAUUAGGGUCGAGCUCGACCAACAAGCGCAUUGAAUUCCAGUCGUCCCCGACAGUCUAUUGCGUGACGCCAAUUGAGAACACGGAUGAAUACUACGGCAAACACACCAAGAUCUCCAGGGAAGAAAGACGAUGGACGGUACGCGAGUGA